AUGGCUUUUCUUUUGUUGCUUCAGAUAAACAGUCUGUUCAGCUUCCGAGCAAACGAAGAUUUCCUCCAGAAUGACAUCAGGGUGAAGCCAGACCUCGACGCGCUGGGCGUACUCGGCGAUGCCGGGUGGUACUGCAUCCGCGCGAUCCUGUGGGCCGUCAACUACGAGCUCCCGAAGAACGUGAUCGCGCUCCCCGACCCUGUCAAGAACCAAGCCGGCGUGCUCAUCGCCUGCGGCGCGACGCUCUACUGGGCCGACGGAAAGACGGCCACCUUCCACUGCUCGUUCCUCGCCAACCUCACCAUGGACCUGACCGUCGUCGGCACCGACGGCACGCUCCACGUCACCGACUUCAUCAUCCCGUACGAGGAGAAGUCCGGCCCGUUCAGCGUGGCGUCCAGGUCGAACUUCGCCGAGCUCCACACCGGGUGGGUUCCGCAGCCCAGCAGGCACGUCGUCACGACUGACCUGCCGCAGGAGGCCCUGAUGGUCCAGGAGUUCUGCAGGCUGGUGCAGGGCAUCAGAGACGCCGGCGCCAAGCCUGAGGGCAAGUGGCCGGCCAUCACCAGGAAGACGCAGGUUGUGAUGGACGCGGUGAAGGCUUCCAUUGACAAGGGAUUUGAGUCUGUCGAUGUUGUGAGCUAA